UAGUUAUAUUUAGUAAUAAUAAUAAUACAUUAAUCAGUUUAGGCUCUGCGGACAAAUUUUGUCGUUUUACAUGAAUACCAUUAAAUCCGUCGUUUUGUCUGUACUCGAUUUGAGUGCGUAAAUAUUUCACAGCUGUGAUUGUACAAAUCCGUUUUAUACGUCAUAACUUAGAAUUCAAUGAAUUCAGUUGAAUUUAAAAGCAAAAGAAAUUUACUCUCUUUUUUUUUUUUAUCACCUUUAGCAAUGGCGGAUAAUUUGUGGCGUUUUGUUUUUUAACUUUGUUAUCAGUUAGUAGUUACAUUCGUAUUGCAAUAUUGCGAUUUUUGUUUUUUUUUUUUAAAACGACGUGGUGAAGCAAAAUUAUUGAAAAAAACCCUCGUAAUAUGUGCACCUCAGAAAACGGUUUGAUGUUUUAUUUAAAGUUGAUUUCGUGACUUACAUAAUGGGAGCAAAAGAUUCUAAACCGAGUUGCAUAACAUACGAGGAAGCAAUUAAAAGAAUAAGCGACUCCGAAUUGAAGAGGCUGAGAGAAGCAUUUAAAAGACUGUCGCCGGUUAACGGAUUUAUUUCUAAACAUUCAUUUAUUAAAGAGGUUCUUGGUGAUGGAGUUCCGUUGUCAAUUGCAGAUUAUAUUUAUUCUGCCUGUGGUGGUGCAGUCAAGGGGAUCAGCUUUAAAGAUUUAGUUUGCGGCCUGGUACUGCUAACACUUGGCACCAACGAAGAGAAAUAUAAAUUUUUAUUUAACUUGUAUGCCAAUGAAAAUGAAAAUGUUAUUUUGCGGGAAGACUUUCAAAGACUCAUUCAAGUGUCUGAGUGUAUUUUCGUACCAGAACAUGUCACUACACUAUUUCUCGAGCAAGAUCGGGUUAGCUAUGAUGAAUUUAGAACCUGGUUGACUUGUCAUCCUGAUGCUACAUCAUUGAGUAGAUGGUUAUUGACCAAACCAUGUUCUGUUACUUUAAGUAAUGAGUUGGAAAUGCCUACAUUUUAUCAAACACUUGCUGGUGUGACUCACUUGGAAGAAUCCGAUAUAAUUGAACUCGAGAAAUGUUAUUGGACAUUGAAAGGAGAAUCUUCAUCUGGAAAAUUGGAUUUAAAAACAUUGAUUCCCUUAAUCAGCCCUCCAAUGCCAUUAAAUGUUUGCUCAGGAUUGUUUGCAGCUUUCGAUGAGAAUAUGGACGGGCAUAUUGAUUUCAAAGAAAUGGCUUGUGGUAUAUCAGCUGCGUGUAGGGGACCUUUAACAGAACGACAAAAAUUUUGCUUUAAAGUGUUCGACAACGAUAAAGAUGGUUACCUAUCAAAAGAUGAAAUUUCAAAAAUGGUCGACGUAAUGCUUUUUAUUUGCGAUGACAACAUAGUUACUCAAAACAAAUCGGCUUCAGACGAAUCAGUUAAAGAACUGGUUGUAUCUGAUUUGAUCAAAAGAUCUACAGACCGAGGUUUAGCGAUCGGAGAAUAUUUAAUGUGGACUGUACAUAACUCGUUGCCGAUGGAUUUUUUAAACUUGAUUUUUCAGGUGUGCCAUAUCGUUUUUGGAUUGAGACCAAUAUCCCGUACCGAAGAAGGCGAUAUCGUCAAAGGAUGGUUAGAACGAGAAGAACGCAGAGGCCUAGCUGUUGGUCAACUCUGGUACUUAAUUUCUAUGGAUUGGUGGAGAAAUUGGAAUGAAUAUGUUUCUAAUACUUCAAAGAAUGGUGGUGAAAUGUCAAGUUUCUGUUCUUUUGAAAGUACCAGUUCAUUUUCAAAAACUUCAAGUUUAAAACUUACGUCGAAAAAAUCUCAAUCAUCUUUAGAAAACAGUAUUGCUCUUGACAACUCGCCUGUGGUUGUUACUGGAAUUACUCCUCUAGACCCUAGUACAGGUGGUCAUCGGAGAGUUGGGUCGUUCACGUCCUAUACGUCAUUACAAGAAUCUCCCACGCAAUCUCCAAUUUUGAGUAGAAAAAGUCUCAGUAAACCAGGACCAAUUAACAACUCUGGUCUGAUAUCUACGUCGACGACUAAAGUAACGUCACUCACCGGUGAAGGAGGGCAAUUAAAACGAAAUAUGCUAUCACGGGGUAGAGAUUUUCAGUUGAUUCCUAGUUCUUUGUGGAAAGCACUUGUUCAAUGGUAUAGGGGUUCUCCUGCUCUUCCUAGACAGGUUAUACAGCGUAGUCGAAAUUCGACCGAUGUAGAACUGGAGCUUUAUCCGAUAAAUCUAAAAUUAUUGAAACACCAUAACGGAACCUCUAACAACAGCUCUGGAUCCAACUCAAGUACAACAAGAACACAAGUAACCAAUACGGGAACUUGGUCCGGUUUAGUUGGUGGGUAUGGAGCUGCAGCAUUAAGUUCAACUGGGUAUAAUUAUGUCUCGAAUUUAGUAAAUUCAAUGCCACGGCGCUAUCUUGCGUACACUGCAUCGUUCAGCAAACUGGCAACAGUGAAACAUGUGUAUGAUUUCCUUUGUAUUAGACUAAAAUUAAAACCGGAAGAUAUGAGACUUUGGCAUUUUCACGAUGAGAAUAAUAUGGUAUUGAUUGAAGAUGAAGAACAGACAUUAGAAGAGUUGGGUGUAUGCGAUGAAGAUCAAAUCAUAAUUGAAAUCAGAAACAAAGACCUCACUUGGCCUGAAGAAAUUAGUUCUCUUUCUAUAAAUGCCAGCGAUAAGUGUAAACAAUUACCAGCUGAAAAAGGAGCCACUGGAUUGAAUAACUUGGGCAACACUUGUUUUAUGAAUGCUGCGUUACAGUGUGUUAGUAACACGAGACUUCUGACACAAUAUUUUAUAAACGAUAUGCAUCUUUAUGAACUCAAUCGACAUAACCCAUUGGGCAUGAAAGGAUGUAUAGCCAAGCGAUAUGGAGACCUCAUUCAUGAAAUUUGGAGAGGAACUGCAAAAACCAUUGCACCAUUGAAAUUAAGAUGGACCAUUGGAAAGUAUGCUCCACGUUUCAAUGGUUUCCAACAACAUGAUUCCCAGGAACUACUUGCCUUUUUAUUGGAUGGUUUACAUGAAGAUUUGAAUAGAGUUCACGGUAAACCAUAUUCUGAAUUAACAGACAGCGAAGGUCGCCCUGAUGUAAUCGUUGCAGAAGAGGCUUGGGAAAACCAUAUUGUUCGAAAUAAAUCUAUUGUUGUUGAUUUGUUUCAUGGUCAGUUAAAAUCCAAAGUUACUUGUAAAGAAUGUGGCCAUGAAUCUGUUAGAUUCGACCCUUUUAAUUACUUAUCUUUACCAUUACCAAUGGAAUCAUAUGUUUGCCUCCAAGCCAUUGUGAUAAAAUUGGAUGGAACAGUUCCUGUUAAAUAUGGCUUGAGGAUGAACGCCGAUGACAAAUAUUCUGUAGUUAAAUCUAAACUUUCCUCGCUAAGCGGGAUUCCAUACAAUAAUCUCAAACUUACCGAAAUCAUAGGCGCACAAAUUAAGACUAUUAUUAUCGAUGAACAAAAAGUAAAGCCAGGAAGUUUAUUGUACGCCUAUGAGUUACCACCACCUACUUCUGUUGGGCCCGGUUCAGAAAUGUCUGGUGAUGAAGAACGGUUGUCAAUUGGAUCGACAAGAUCGGGUACCCAAAGAGAAGCUGCCCAAACAUUUACAACUAUACAACGAACAGUUAGACCAGGAUGUAAUAACACUCAAACAAAUGGUAAUCGUACGACAAGCUUAAAUGAAGACACGCAUACGAAUGAAAAUACUGAUAGCAAUGGAGGAUCUCAGAUAGACGCUGAUGUAAAUUUAGAAGAACCAUUAAACACCAUCAUGGCUGAUAGCGGAAACGGUAGCGCCAGCAGUUUUAGUUUAACGGAUAGUGGUGAGACGAUUCAUCAAACGCCCAACUAUGUCAUUGCAUUACAUAGAAAAAUGAUUAGACAAGAUGUAUAUUUUAUAUCGGCUCAUAAAAGUAAACCCAGUAUUUUUGGUUUACCCAUAAUACUGCCUUGUAACGAGUCUACAUCGAAUCAAGAUCUUUAUCAAGCUGUUUGGCUUCAAGUGGCUAGAUUGGUAUCACCGUUGCCACCGUCCGAAUCGACAGUACCUAAUCAUGCUAUGGACUGUGAUGAUAGUUUGGGCUACGAGUUUCCGUUUGUUUUAAAAGCAGUUAAUCGGGAAGGCACAAUGUGUGCAUGGUGCCCAUGGUAUCGAUUUUGUAGGGGAUGCACAAUUUUAUGUUGCGAUACCGAGUUUAAUUUUGCCGCUAAUCAUAUAGCAAUAGAUUGGGAUCCGACGGCUUUACAUUUACGAUAUCAGACCUCGCAAGAAUCGGAACAUGAAUGUGUUGGGGAGCCUCAGAGUUCACACACAGAACCAAUUAGUUUAGAAUCAUGUCUCGCCGCGUUCACUAAAGAAGAACACCUUAGUGAAGCUGAAAAGUAUUAUUGUUCUGCUUGUCAAAAACAUCAACUAGCUUCUAAAAAAUUAGAAAUUUGGAGGUUACCUCCCAUUUUAAUUGUACAUCUCAAACGAUUUCAAUACCUACAAGGCAAAUGGGUCAAAUCUCACAAAGUCGUAAAAUUCCCAUUCAAUACGUUUGAUCCAACGGAUUAUUUAGCAUCGGUUCCAAAGCACACAGUUUUGAGAAGUAAAGAAUUGAAUGACCAGUCUGAGAGUUCCAGGGGAAAAUAUUCAGAGAAUGAUGAUGAACACUCCACAGAUUCCACUGUAAUUACAGACAAUGGUUUAUUGAGUGUAAGUGGCCUAAGGGGAAUAGAAGGUUCUCAUCGUAAAAGAUUAGAGUCGACGUCACUUAUGCGAACGCCCAUUGAUGAUACUGCGCUUCAAGACUUUCAUCAACAUAAAUUAGUCCACGAAUGGAAUCCUUUAGACUUAAAGUAUAACCUAUAUGCUGUUGUGUGUCACUCGGGAAUUCUUGGAGGCGGACAUUAUGUAUCCUAUGCUUGUAAUCCGAACGGAAAGUGGUAUUGUUACAAUGAUAGUAGUUGUAAGGAGGUCACAGGUGAAAUGGAUACGAGUGGAGCAUAUAUGUUAUUUUACGAGCGAGCCGGUCUGUCUCAUGAUCAGUAUAUGCCUAAUGUAUCUGGUCGAAUUCCUGUUGAUAUCAAAGACCUUGAUCAGGAUUUUGACUCCGACUUGAAAAAAGUUUGUACCAUGAUGUGAUCUUUGAGCUUAUAUAUUUUAUAAACAAAAAAAAGAGAGAUAAACUUGGUAAUUUUUUUAGUGUAAACAUCGUUAAUUCUAUUAUUUCUAUUUAUAUCAAAUUUUUAUUGUAUCCAUAUAAAAAAAAAAAACAGUAGUUGCCAUAACAGUUUGAAAUGUUGAAAUGAUAUUUAUUAUUUUCUUUGUUUUAAUUUAUUUAUUGCCAUUUGAUAAAAGUUACCAAUCAUAAUAUUACAGUUUACACAUUUUUAUUUGUACUUUGUUUGAUAAAACAUUCCAUUUUUGAAACUAUUACAAUAGUUGUUAUAUACUAUACUUAAGAAAAGUAAAAUUUUAAAGAUCAAAAUUAUUGGAACAAUUCAUAUUAUUAUUCAUAUUA